AAGAGAAAACAUGUCCAGAUAAUCUUGACUAACAAACGAAAAUGUCUUGUUUAAAUAAAUUAUCAGAGAUUUUGAACUGUCGGCGAAUAUUAUGCCUAAUGGUUUUCAGUUCAUUCGUAAUGAACGCAGUUUUGAAAAUCAGUUUCAACAUAACAAUCGUGGCAAUGGUUCGAAAACCGAAUGACACAAACCCCGAUUUGUUCAACUGGAACGAAGGAGAGAAGCAAAAUAUUUUGGGGUUGUUCUUCUGGGGCUUCGCCCUCACGAAAAUCCCCAGUGGGCGUCUUGCUGAAACCAUCGGUUCCCGCAGAGUUACAGGAUGGUCCAUGGUUUUAGCGUCAGUUUUGACAAUUUUGACCCCAAUCAUCUGCUAUUGGAACUAUUACGUGUUGUUGACUUCACGCGUGAUGAUGGGUUUUUUAAUAGGGGCCAGUUGGCCAGCAAUUAUGCCUUUGGCCGCCAAAUGGAUCCCUCCAAAUGAGCAUUCCGUGUUUAUAUCAUGCCUCGCAUCCAGUGCCAUUGGAGUAGCCCUCACUUACCAUCUCAGCGGCUUUAUUAUAGCAGCAUAUGGGUGGCAAAGUGUGUUUUACCUUGCCGGAGGUGCUUCACUUUUAUGGUCCCUGGCUUGGUUCUACCUCAUUUAUGACUCACCACAGCAACACCCGAGGAUUACUCUUCACGAAAAACAUUUACUAGAGUGUCAAAUCGACAAGAGUGCUAAACCCAGAAGACUGCAAUUUAGUCAAAUCCCAUGGAAGGAGAUUGUCAAAUCGGGGCCGGUUUGGGCCAUAGCUGCGGGCCAAACGGCCACUUUUUUCGGUUUUACGACUCUGUGCACACAAGGGCCGUCUUACAUGGACCAAGUACUCCACGUAAACAUUGAACAAAACGGAUUAUUUUCAGGAAUGCCCUACUGGGGAGGGUAUUUCGCCGCCCUCACUUCCGGCUAUUUGGCCGAUGGUUUGCGCAAAUCCAACCGUUUAUCAACCACAACUAUCCGAAAACUCUUCGAAACGGUGUCACUCUUAAUCCCAAGCCUUUGCAUGUUGAGCUUGGCCUUUUGGGGCGACUCCACAGCCGUGGCUUUGACGGGAUUCACCAUCAGUUUGACCGUCAACGCAGUUAGUACCGCGGGUCAUUGUGCAAAUAUUUUAGAUAUUUCACACAACUAUGCCGGGACUAUUUGUGGCUUAGUGAACACUAUUUCGGCGUUCAGUGCCUAUUUUUCGACCAAACUUGUGGCGCAAUUGCUUCGGAAUGAUCACACUUUCCAAGAAUGGAGGUAUCUUUUUGGGGUUUUGUUUGGCACUUAUUUUUCCACUACUAUCAUUUAUUUGGUCUUGUGUUCCGGCGAAUUGCAGAAGUGGGAUGCUCAAAAAGUGCGAGAAGAGGAAAAAUCAACGAAUUGCGAACAUAAUAAUGAGCUACAGUUGCUCACUGAGAAGAAUGUGCCAUAAAUACCGUGUCACAUUUUUUUGUUAUAGACUGAUGUAUCUACUUAUAUUAGGUAAUCUCAUGCUUUUAUAUCUACAAAUUUUAUUGUAGCAUAAGCUCUAAAUAUGUUAUUGUAGUAUAAACUAUAAUACAAUAAAAAAUUUAUUUAAACUUG